CCGCGCGGGCCCCAGGCAGCACUCGCGAGCAGCGGCGGCCGCGGCCGGCGGCCGAGAGGAGAGAAUGCGGCGGCGCUCGCGGAUGCUGCUCUGCUUCGCCUUCCUGUGGGUGCUGGGCAUCGCCUACUACAUGUACUCGGGGGGCGGCUCCGCGCUGGCCGCGGGCGCGGGCGGCGGCGCCGGCAGGAAGGAGGACUGGAAUGAAAUUGACCCAAUUAAAAAGAAAGACCUUCAUCACAGCAACGGGGAUGAGAAAGCACAAAGCAUGGAGACCCUUCCUCCAGGAAAAGUGCGGUGGCGGGACUUUAACCAGGAAGCUUACGUCGGAGGGACAAUGGUCCGCUCUGGGCAGGACCCCUACGCCCGCAACAAAUUCAACCAGGUGGAAAGUGAUAAGCUGCGGAUGGACAGAGCCAUACCUGACACCAGACACGACCAGUGUCAGCGGAAGCAGUGGCGGGUGGACCUGCCAGCCACCAGCGUGGUGAUCACGUUCCACAAUGAAGCCAGGUCGGCCUUGCUGAGGACAGUGGUCAGUGUGCUUAAGAAAAGCCCUCCCCACCUCAUAAAAGAGAUCAUCUUGGUGGAUGACUACAGCAAUGACCCUGAAGACGGGGCUCUCUUAGGGAAAAUUGAGAAGGUGCGGGUUCUCAGAAAUGAUCGGCGAGAAGGCCUGAUGCGCUCGCGGGUCCGGGGGGCCGACGCGGCCCAGGCCAAGGUCCUGACGUUCCUGGACAGCCACUGUGAGUGCAACGAGCACUGGCUGGAGCCCCUCCUGGAGAGGGUGGCCGAGGACAGGACUCGGGUCGUGUCCCCUAUCAUCGAUGUCAUUAACAUGGACAACUUUCAGUACGUGGGGGCGUCCGCUGACCUGAAAGGCGGUUUUGACUGGAACUUGGUCUUCAAAUGGGAUUACAUGACCCCAGAGCAGAGGAGAUCCCGGCAAGGGAACCCGGUCGCCCCCAUAAAAACCCCUAUGAUUGCUGGCGGGCUCUUCGUGAUGGACAAGCUCUACUUUGAAGAACUGGGGAAAUAUGACAUGAUGAUGGACGUGUGGGGAGGAGAAAACCUGGAGAUCUCAUUCCGCGUGUGGCAGUGCGGUGGUAGCCUGGAGAUCGUCCCCUGCAGCCGCGUGGGACACGUGUUCCGGAAGCAGCACCCCUACACUUUCCCGGGUGGCAGUGGCACGGUCUUUGCCCGUAACACCCGCCGGGCAGCAGAGGUCUGGAUGGACGAAUACAAAAAUUUCUAUUAUGCAGCAGUGCCUUCUGCCAGAAAUGUUCCUUAUGGAAAUAUUCAGAGCCGACUGGAGCUCAGGAAGAAACUUAGCUGCAAGCCUUUCAAGUGGUACCUGGAAAAUGUCUACCCAGAACUAAGGGUCCCUGACCACCAGGAUAUAGCUUUUGGGGCCUUGCAGCAGGGAACCAACUGCCUGGACACUUUGGGACAUUUUGCUGAUGGUGUCGUUGGAGUCUAUGAGUGUCACAAUGCAGGGGGGAACCAGGAAUGGGCCUUGACGAAGGAGAAGUCGGUGAAGCACAUGGACUUGUGCCUGACGGUGGUGGACCGGGCACCAGGUUCUGUCAUAAAGCUGCAGGGCUGCCGAGAGAACGACACCAGACAGAAGUGGGAACAGAUCGAGGGCAACUCCAAGCUGCGGCACGUGGGCAGCAACCUAUGUCUGGACAGCCGCGCGGCCAGGAACGGAGGCCUGAGCGUGGAGGUGUGCGGCCCCGCCCUGUCUCAGCAGUGGAAGUUCACGCUCAACCUGCAGCAGUAAGCGGAGCCCGCCGGGCCGCGGUAGCCCGGCCCCCACGCCGGCUGAGUCUGGAGGUCACGUUAUUGAUUAUGUUUCUUGAACUUUCUGCGAAACUAUAUACCUCAGUAUUCCAUCAUGGUCUGAAAGUCGGAGAACUUGUGCGAGGCACGGGGCCUGGGCGGACACCGAAGAGGCCCGGAAAGAGAACCGCUCUCCUCGCCCCCCAGGAGGCGUCCAGGCCCCUCCUCCGAGGCCGCGGCCGCCCGCCCCCAGCGACACACACACCC